GGCUCUGUUUGAAACUUGGGGAGGGAAGAGGAGCGGAAGAGAAAAUUUUAAUUUUCCCUCUCGUUUUCUUCUUAAUUAUUUCCUCUUCUUGUCUGUCUCCGUGCGCGUUAACCGCCGAUACUUUCUCGACUCCAAACAAUAUGGGAUGGCUUAAUCUCCCCCCUUUCCCUUUGGGCAUAAAUAGAAAGUAAGAAAAACAUCCCACACCCCAAAACCGGGCCAAUAUUCAGACCCUUACCUAGAAAAUGGGCUCUAAGGCGGCAGCGAGUGCCCCAAUCUUCAUAUCCAAGCUGCUCCGCCACCACGCAGGCCACCAACGCCACCCCCUUCCCGUCCAACUUGUGUUUGCCCAUCAAACAUUCUGCACCGGUCCCCCGCCACGCAAAUCCACCAAACGCGAUGACUUUGGCCCAAACCCAUUUUUGAGGAGCGGAGAGGUAGGGUCCUGCAGGGUUGAUAAGGCAGAAAACGAAUGCUAUAUGAGAGUGGAUGUGCCAGGCGUUGCCGAGGUAGAUAUGAAAGUGUGGACGGAGUCUGGCUUCAUUUACUUCCAUGCUCAAGGCUCCGAGCUACCCGAAUACAAUUAUCAAGGUCGGGUUUUCGGAGGGUCCAUCGGUUUCGACAAAGACCGGUUUGAUUCGGAUGGAGUUAGGGCAGAGGUUAAGGAUGGAGUUCUAUGGUUGUUGGUCCCAAGGGUGAAGAAUUAGAUGUUUGGUUUCUGUAAUUUCUUUCAUUAGGUAUAUAUAAACAAAUUAUGUUGCAAACACAUACAUAAACAUUGUGGAUGUAUAAAAAUGUUUAUAUAUAUGUACUAUUUGAAUGGCUUUGUUGAUGCAGAGAUGGAAAUAGUUUGCUUCCUUGUAGGGGUGGAAACUUUUAGCCAUGACAUGUAUCGACAAUGAGAGAGAAACUUAUUCACGGCAGAGCAUAAUCUAUUCA